AGUACAACCUAGCUUCCAGCUUUCCCUCGAAAGGUGGUUCGUCCUUUCAACUCGUGAUUUGUUUCAGAUUUGUUUUAGCCGGGAGCAGUUCCCAAAGACGUCUUUAUAGUUAAUUCCUCCCUCAGGGUUGCUAUCUGAAACAAUCUGCACCAAAUCCAGAUCCAGAUGUACAGUCUCAACAUUCAAGAUCUAUAUUCUCUUAAGGAACCUUAGAUGUUUCAUGGAACAAUCACAAAAGAACUAACCAGUCAUGAAGAAUGGAGUCACUAUAAUGACAACAUGAUAGAAGAUCAGAAAGAUUUUGUUUUUGUGAAGUUCAGUGGCCUUCAUUUAAAAUCUAUGGAAAAUUUGCAAUCCUGUAUCUCUCUGAGAGUAUGCAUCUUCUCAAACAAUUUUAUCACAGAUAUUCAUCCACUUCAAAGUUGUAUAAGAUUAGUCAAACUUGAUCUCCAUGGAAAUCAGAUAAAGAGUCUACCAGAUACCAAAUUUUGGAGUGGACUGAAGAAACUAAAACUCCUCUAUCUUCAUGACAAUGGGUUUGCAAAGUUAAAGAAUAUAUGUAUGUUAUCUGCCUGUCCAAGUCUAAUUGCCCUCACUAUGUUUGAUUGUCCAGUGAGCCUUAAAAAAGGAUAUAGACAUGUUCUUGUCAACAGUAUAUGGCCUCUCAAAGCACUGGACCAUCAUGUGAUUUCUGAUGAAGAAAUAAUUCAGAACUGGCAUCUUCCUGAAAGAUUUAGAGCAUAUAACCACCGACUUUUCUUUAAUUUCUGCCCUGCUUUGAAAAAGGGAUCAACCUAUGGUGAUGAAAUUAAUAAUAUCAAAUAUAUUGUUUCAAAAAUUAAUGAAAUUCUGGCUCAUAAUUCACCAGUUUUGAUUGUUCAAAGAUGGAUACGUGGUUUCUUGGUUAGAAAAAAAAUGAGAGCAGAAGUUUUUAAUUUUAAGGAAAUCAAGCUUAUCAAUUUUUUUCUCAUAGAUUGUGUCUUUGGUGUUGCAUCUAAAAAGUCUUUGUCAUAUCCAAGCCCCUUGUUGCAUAAAAAGCAUCAGGAGAAAUUUAUUGGUAAAUGUGAAACAAAGUGGACUUUUAUACCUAAAGGAUAUGAAGACAGUCUCUUUAAGCAUCUCUUUCUUCAGCCUGAAACUAAUAGAACAGGAAAACUUGCACAUUGGAAACAUAAUAUACUUUCUCAUGUUGAUUUAAAAAGUUCUAGAGAACAGAGAAAACAGGUUUCCUCUAUAUUAUAUGAAUUAAAAACAAAAGAAAUUGGUAAAAAAUCAAAAACAUCAAGACAUCUCAUUCAAAAAGGUCAGAAGGAAUCUGAAGAUGAAACUGAAGGUGAAGAAUUGGAUGCCAGCUUUAGGAUAUCAGUGUUCAAACUACCCAUACAUACUUCAGGUUCACUCAAGUAUGCUGCAUUAUUGAAAGAAAAGGAGCAAGAUUAUUUUCCUACAUAUGUCCAGCCAUUUUCUACCACUCAUCAAAAACCAGAAAUUACAAAAAAGGACAUGCUGUUGAAGGGUAAUGUAAGAAAAGAGUUUUUUACAACACACAGAACUGGUAUAAAACUCCGAACACUUUGUGAUAUUGAUAAAUGUUAUUCCGAACAAAAGAAGCAGGAAAGCCAUAAAAAAAAAAUAACUGUAACUCUGGCACAAGUUGCCCAGGAAAGAGUUAGCUUAGCUGUUCAAGAAAACUUAAAUAAGAAAAAAAAUGCUGCACAAAAACUAAUUGCAAAAGAUAAUGAGACAAUUCGGAAUGGUUUACAACAACUUUGGCAGGACAGAUUCAAUUACCUUGAAAAAGUUAAAGAGAGGAGAGCUCGGUUUCUGAGAGAAAAAAAACAAAAGGCUGAAGACCGUUUAUUAAUUCAAAACAUAAGUAAUGAGCGCACUCUUUUAUGCAAAGGAAUGAUUAAAAUGGACAGAUUGAGGAAGAAUCAGGCUGUCUUACAAGAGAAAAGUCUGAUUGUUCAGCAAAGACUAGAAAUGGAAAAAUAUCAAAAGAAUUUACUUAAACAAAUGAAGGAAAUUAGGGCUCAAGAAACAUAUAAAAAAUACUGUGAAGAAAAAUUUGUUAUUGAUAUGAUUAUCUUUCAAAAAGCAUGUGAAAGAUUUCAAGAUGCUAAAACAAAAGUUGCGCUUGUGAGAAAGAAUUUAGUCUUUAAAGUUCCCAAUGGAACAACAAAAUGAACCAAUGCCAUGCCACAUCUGUGGUCACUUUGAAUUAUGGCUAUUAUAUUUAGUUAAAGGACUUUGAAAUAAUACUAUUAAA